CUCACUACAGUUUUCGGUUUUGUUUUUUAGGAGUUUAGUUUGCAAAAUUUCUGUACAACAGUACAAGUAUAACUAGAUGGUUUUAUAUUUAUUUGUUGUAUUAUGGUUUUGUCUUGUUAAUCACUUGCAUACUCGGUUCGAUUUUGUAGCGACUCCUGCUAGAUGCUGGAGAUAUUGUGCAGGCGAGUUUGUGGUGUAGAACUGUAGAUUUUCAUAAGCGUGCCACAUCUCGUAUAUCCCAUUUUGUCGCUCCCUUUUAUCCGAUUGUUGACGUUUUGACGUUUUAAUCUAAAUACGUGGUAAAAUGGCCAGCCAAGUGGGUAAUUCUGCUUCACGCGGAAAAGUCGACAAGGAAACCGAGAGCCUGAAGAAGAACCUGACAGAGCAGCUGGAUCGUCUCAUGGCGCAGUUGGUUGAUUUGGAAACAGAGAAGGCCAAGGGUGGCAUAGAUGCGGAUGAUUUUGAAGAACAGCGAGCGGAUACGGUUGAACAGCUGCAGGAAUUGAAUGAUUCCUUGGCAAAAAUGCAGUCCGGGAAUCUGACUCUGCUGAAUGACAUUGCGUCCAUGCAACUGACAAUCCAAACCGCAAUCGGCAAUGCGUUUGAUACACCAGAAAUUAUGGCGCUUUUUGUUGCAAGGGAGCCUGAUCAGCUACGCGAGCGACUUGCUAUGGUUGAACGUGAUCGAAAAGUCAACAAAAUGUCCGUGGAAACCUAUAACCAGCAGAAGGGCGAGAUUUUGACCGCACUGGUGAAGCUGCGUGCAGCGUUGACGCCUGAGGAGGAAGCAUUUCUACGUACCGUGAAUUCCCUCCAGUCGAAAGGUUUCGUACAAGCUGGUGAUGCUAAUAGCCUCGAAUCCAAUAAAGUUAUGCGAAUGGUGUCUGGAAAGUGAAUGACUGCCGAGUGAGCGCAGCUAAUGGAAAAGAAUUGCGGAUGCCGCUCUUGUUUUUUUUUUUGCUGAAUUUGUUCUAACGUAUUAUGAAAAUUGAACCUUGUGAGUUGUGAGAUGUUUAAUAUUGACUAUUAAGUACUGAGUUUUAUUGUUAAGUUCGUCUGUGAUAUUCUUUUCUUUCCAGUUUACAUAAGGUGCCUUGUCGUACUUAUGGCUUUGAUUAGCAGCUGUACCAGUACUUACAAUAAACGAAAAAAAUGGAAA